GCAUCCCAUACUCACGAUGCAAUCACUGAGGCUGCUCAACUGAUGAAGGAGGCUGUGGAUGAUAUCAUGGUCACCUUGAACGAAGCGGCAAGUGAAGUAGGCAUGGUUGGAGGUAUGGUGGACUCCAUAGCAGAGGCGAUGAGCAAGCUGGAUGGAGGUACACCUCCAGAUCCUGAAGGAACAUUUGUUGAUUAUCAGACUACAGUUGUGAAAUAUUCUAAAGCCAUUGCUGUAACAGCACAAGAAAUGAUGACUAAGUCGGUUACUAACCCGGAAGAGUUGGGAGGACUUGCAUCACAAAUGACCAGUGACUAUGGGCAUUUGGCUCUCCAGGGCCGAAUGGCUGCAGCUACAGCAGAACCAGAGGAGAUAGGGUUCCAGAUCAGGACUCGGGUGCAAGAACUUGGUCACGGCUGUAUCUUUCUUGUGCAAAAAGCUGGAGCUCUCCAGAUUUGUCCUACAGACAGCUACACCAAAAGGGAGUUGAUAGAAUGUGCUCGUGCUGUCACAGAAAAGGUCUCCUUAGUUUUAUCUGCCCUUCAAGCAGGAAACAAAGGCACGCAAGCCUGCAUCACUGCGGCUAGUGCCGUGUCUGGGAUCAUCGCAGACCUAGAUACCACGAUCAUGUUUGCUACUGCUGGAACCCUUAAUGCUGAGAACAACGAGUCAUUUGCAGACCACAGGGAAAAUAUCCUGAAAACAGCAAAAGCUUUAGUUGAAGAUACAAAAUUACUGGUUUCUGGUGCUGCCUCGAGUCAGGACAAACUGGCCCAAGCAGCUCAGUCAUCAGCUAACACCAUCACACAACUUGCUGAGGUAGUAAAAUUGGGAGCGGCUAGCUUGGGAUCUGAUGACCCUGAAACACAGGUUGUCCUGAUCAAUGCUAUCAAGGAUGUUGCAAAGGCCCUUUCUGAUCUCAUUGGUGCUACCAAAGGAGCUGCCAGCAAACCAGCAGAUGAUCCAUCCAUGUACCAGCUGAAAGGUGCUGCCAAGGUGAUGGUAACAAAUGUCACAUCGCUUUUGAAGACUGUCAAAGCAGUGGAAGAUGAAGCUACUCGAGGGACAAGAGCUCUUGAGGCCACAACUGAGUACAUCAAACAGGAACUCACGGUCUUUCAGUCGAGCGAGGUUCCAGAAAAGACAUCAUCACCUGAAGAAUCAAUUCGGAUGACGAAAGGAAUCACCAUGGCAACUGCCAAAGCUGUUGCAGCUGGGAACUCAUGCAGACAGGAGGAUGUGAUUGCUACGGCAAACCUGAGCCGCAAAGCAGUUGCUGACAUGCUAACAGCUUGUAAGCAAGCAUCAUAUCAUCCAGAUGUGAGUGACGAAGUUCGAGAGAGAGCCCUGCGCUUUGGAACAGAAUGUACCCUGGGAUACCUGGAACUCCUGGAACAUGUUCUCCUGAUCCUUCAAAAACCGACGCCAGAACUAAAACAUCAGCUGGCCUCUUUCUCCAAGCGUGUUGCUGGUGCUGUUACAGAGCUCAUCCAGUCAGCAGAAGCCAUGAAAGGGACAGAAUGGGUGGAUCCAGAAGACCCAACAGUCAUUGCGGAGACAGAGCUACUAGGAGCUGCAGCAUCAAUUGAGGCUGCAGCAAAGAAGUUAGAGCAGCUGAAACCAAGAGCCAAGCCAAAGCAAGCAGAUGAGACUCUGGAUUUCGAAGAACAGAUCCUGGAAGCAGCUAAAUCCAUUGCAGCUGCUACCAGUGCCCUUGUGAAGUCAGCUUCAGCAGCCCAGAGAGAACUGGUGGCACAGGGAAAGGUUGGAGCAAUCCCUGCAAAUGCAGCUGAUGAUGGACAGUGGUCUCAGGGACUUAUUUCUGCUGCCCGAAUGGUGGCAGCAGCAACCAGCAAUCUUUGUGAAGCUGCUAAUGCCUCAGUACAAGGCCAUGCUAGUGAGGAGAAGCUUAUCUCAUCUGCCAAACAAGUGGCAGCUUCUACAGCACAGUUGCUUGUGGCUUGCAAAGUGAAGGCUGACCAUGACUCUGAAGCCAUGAGGAGGCUACAGGCUGCAGGCAAUGCUGUCAAGCGAGCAUCGGACAAUCUGGUCAGGGCAGCCCAAAAAGCAGCAUUUGGGAAAGCAGAGGAUGACGAUGUUGUGGUCAAAACAAAGUUUGUGGGUGGCAUUGCUCAGAUCAUUGCAGCCCAAGAAGAAAUGCUAAAGAAGGAAAGAGAGCUGGAAGAGGCAAGGAAAAAACUGGCUCAGAUCCGCCAACAGCAAUACAAAUUUCUACCCACAGAGCUGAGAGAAGAUGAGGGUUAACCUGCUGAGAUUUUUUUUCCUUUUCUUUUAUUUUUUUUUUUCCUUUUCUUUUAAAGAAAUAAGCUAAAGGGGGACAGUACAGUGAGAACUGCUCUGACAACAUUCUGGUAUGCCAAGCACUUACCUAAAUAAACUGCCUGUCAUAGCUUUCGAUGAGCAGAGGGCAAUAAACACUUGUUCUUUCUCAUCUUGUCAGGUGAGGUGCAUGAUGAUCAAAUAAUGAUAUAGUGUUAGGUUCAUCAUCCCUGUUCCUUCCUUGACUUAUAUCUCAGGAGAGAAUGUUUUACUUUUUACUAAAGAUACGAAGUCAGUAUUAUUGUCACUUUCCUGAUGCUUGAGGUAUUUAUUGUUCCUUGACUUGUUAUAAAACUUUGAUAAUGCUAAU